AUGCCUAGCCCAAUCAAGGAGUCGCUCCCCUCCUUGCCGCCGCCCACGUCGACGACCCUGCACCCGCCACCGUCUCCCGGGACUCAUCGUGCUCUGCGGAAACUGCAUUCGGCGCAUAAUCUCGGCGCCAAAGCCUACAAUCUAGGCGGUGGCCCCUCGCUCAUCUCCCAGCAACGCCAGCAACAGCAACAGCAGCACAGGACAACCCAGAGGUCGCUGUCACCGACCCGUAGAAACGUUAGUAACAGCUAUGCCAACCCCACCGCCGCCAGCGUGAGCAGGAUCAACGACAACAACACAAUCAGGAUCGAUCCCCAGCAACACUCCCGCAAGCCCAGCUCCGGUCGCUCGCCUCAGCGCGGCCGCACCAACGGUGAUGCUCCCGUCCUGCAACAACAGACCGCUGCUGGCGCCGUUGCCGCUGUCAAGGGGCGCCGCCCUGGUCUGCCACGGCGCUCAGCGGUGGCUGAUGAGUUGUCUCUGGAACGUUUGAUACCUCACGGCCCUCCUGAUGGGGAUGUCGCCAGCGCCAUAGAGAGCAUGCGGUACAGGGUCCUUCACGACGGCAUCAAGUCCAAUACUGAGGGCAUGUCCCAACUCCGCAUCUAUGUCUGGCUCAUCAUGCUCGACUGCCCAGUCCUAGAAACAGACGCAUAUCUUGACCUCAUCCACCGCGGCGCAUCACCAGCCUACUCCAAGAUCCGCAACGACACCUUCCGCACCCUGACCACCGACCCACUCUUUCGCCGUCGCGUCUCGGAGGCAUCCCUCAUCCGUCUGCUCAACGCCGUGGCCUGGAAGCUGCACGAUUCGCGUGAGAUCCGCCAGUCGUCUAGCCGCCAGUCGCUGCCGCACCUGCCCGAGUCGCCGGCGCGGCCUCGCACGGCCAACAACGACACGCCGGCCUCGUCGCCCGCAGUCAAGAACCGCGCGCGCGCCCUGACCCUCACCACCGAGGGCUCUGACGCGGGCGCGGGAGACUCCGGCACCUACGUGCAGGGCAUGAACGUGCUGGCGGCGCCGUUCCUGUACGCGGCGCGCUCCGAGGCCGAGGCGUUUGUCGCCUUUCACCAGCUCCUCACGCAGGAGCUGCCGGGCUACAUACGCGGCGCUAUGGACGGUGUGCACAAGGGCCUGCGCCUUGUCGACAAGGUCCUCGCCAUCGUCGACGAGAAGCUCAGCAAGUACCUUAUGGUCAAGGGCCUCUCAGCCGAGAUCUAUGCCUUCCCCAGCGUCCUGACGCUGUGUGCCUGCACCCCGCCGCUGCCCGAGGUGCUGCAGCUGUGGGAUUUCUUGUUUGCCUACGGGCCCGGUUUGAAUAUUUUGUGUAUCGUGGCCCAGCUGAUGCUGAUACGGAGCCAGAUUAUGGCUAGUCCCAGCCCAAACAAACUCCUCAGGUCGUUCCCAGCCUUGCAGGCAGACAAGAUCAAGACAUUGACGCUUUUCAUUGCUAAGAACAUCCCAGAUGACGUCUACGCCGAGAUCAUCAACCACGCCCGGUGA